GCACUGCAUUCAAUUCCGACGAGUCCGCCAUCCAGUGUGGAAUGGAUUUCGCUUCCUCGGUUCGAACAUGAUCGAGUAGUCGAGAUCACAUCUCAUUUUUCCUACUGCCGCUGCUACAAGCGCCAACUGCUGCCUUCGCGCUCGCGAUCGUGUGCUUGCGCUCGCGUUUGUGUGUUUUUGUGUGACCGUAUGUGUGCUUCGUGUGUAAUGUGUGGGCCUCUGUGUGUAUGUGUGUAAAAACGUGCAUUUAUGCGAUCUGCGAAGAUCCGCAAAUCUUUCUCAACGAUCUUCCGUACCAAAGGAAGCCUCGGGAGACCGCGUAGUCUCUAACAGAAGUGAAACUGUUCAGCAUAUUAAAUCGCUUCGUGUAAACAAUUUCUUUUUUUUUUGGUCGCCGUCGUCUUUGUCGUCGCUCGUGUAUUAGAACUGUACAAAUUCAACCUCAGACGAUCCUUAGUCAAGGAGUAAAAGAACCACUAACGAUCAAACAUGGCUGUGUUUGGGCUCGUCUCGGCCGUGGCCGGUUUUGUAAAAGUUCGCUACCUGCAGGACAAAGCCAUCAUCGAUAAUAUGGUGUUUCGGUGUCACUAUCGCAUCACUAGCGCCAUACUAUUCGCCUGCUGCAUCAUCGUAACGGCUAACAAUUUGAUUGGAGAUCCCAUCUCCUGUAUUAACGACGGUGCUGUACCCAUUCACGUAAUUAACACGUACUGCUGGAUCACCUACACCUUCACGCUGCCCGGUCAACAUGGACGUACGAUGGGCACAGAAGUGGCCCACUCUGGACUGGGCAAUGAUAAUCAGGAACGGACGUACCACAGCUACUACCAGUGGGUACCGUUCAUGCUAUUCUUCCAGGGUCUACUAUUCUACGUGCCACACUGGAUCUGGAAGAACUGGGAAGAGGGUCGCAUGCGUAUGAUUACCGAAGGCAUGCGAGGAGUUUCCACGGCAAGUCCUGCAGAACGCAAAGCGCGUCAUGAACGUUUAGCGCAAUAUUUGUACGACAGUGCCAAUACGCAUAACACAUAUUCAUUUGGGUAUUUCAUUUGCGAGGCACUCAACUUUGUAAAUGUGGUGGGCAAUAUUUUCUUUGUUGACAAGUUUUUGGGCGGCGCCUUCUUAACCUACGGAUCUGAAGUGCUCAAGUUCUCGAACAUGAAUCAAGAAAAUCGUUCUGAUCCUAUGAUCGAGAUAUUCCCCAGAGUGACUAAGUGCACGUUCCACAAAUAUGGUUCGUCAGGUAGCAUCCAAAAGCAUGACGCGCUAUGUGUGCUAGCGUUGAACAUUUUGAAUGAGAAGAUUUACAUUUUUCUGUGGUUCUGGUUCAUUGCACUUGCGGUCGCUUCCGGCUUGGCCAUCGUCUACUCUGCCGCCAUUGUCAUGAUGCCGACAACCCGAGAAGCCGUUCUAAAGCGUCGCUUCCGCAAGGCUGAUCCCGCUGACGUUUGCAAUCUUAUACGCCGCGUGCAGAUCGGAGAUUUCCUUAUGAUUCAUCUACUUGGCCAAAAUCUCAACGUUACCUCGUACGGUGAAAUGCUGCAUACUUUCAUCAACAUGUUGGAUGAAGGCCGACCGAUCUCAGGUGACACACCUUCUGCCCCGUCAACACUCGAAAUGGCUCCCAUGUACCCGGCGAUCGAGAAAUACGGUAAAGAAACAGAAACAUAACCUCCUUCACCAUCUGUUGUCGCACAGUUUUUGGUCAGGCUCUGAUGGUGAACUAUCGCAGCAGAUUCUUAGCACCGUAUUUUGUUACACCUUGUUAGAACACUUACUGGUCUCCUCCUUCUACCUACUCCAUUUCGGAAUCCUAGACUAGAGUUUUAGUAUUACUUUUUGGUUCAUUCCUAAAUUACCACAAAAACGCACUCUUACAUAAUUACCCUUUAAAAGUAAACACCUAGCCCGAUUGAAUGGAAUGAAUAUGCAUGAGUAGAAAUUAGUUGAAAUGUAAGAAAUUCUGAUGUCACUUGCCGUGCGUCAGAGUAGGUUUUCGGUCAAAAUUUGUAUCAUAUUCAUGCUAACUUAUCACACAUUUAUUUCCAAUUUUUGGACCAUCUUUACCACACACGAUCGACGGCACCUUCAUCGGAAAAUUGGAAAAUCGAUACUGUCUAAAUUAUUAUCGAUACUCGACAAUCUAUAACAGACAAGGAAAAGGAGGUAUUGCAUCAGGACUACGAAGCUUAACAAAUCACUACAGUACCGCGUGAGGUCAAACGUGUUCAGAAAUAUAUGCUGUAGCUACGGAAAUCGGGGGCUAAGUAAGGGCUAUGCUGUACUUCGCCUCGGCAAUGAUGAAAUCAAGAAAGGUAUAGUUUUAGGUAAACGAUCAAACAAUCUACUUCUCAAUUUUAAACUAAAAGUAAUCAUCCUAAAUGCAUCAUAGAAAGAUAAAGGUAAGCUGUGGGAAGCCAUAAUGCUAUUCCCACAUGCUUUCCUGAUUUAUGGUUGAGUUUAGUGUAGGUAGUACUGAAGUAUUGAAAAUAAUGAACAAGGCCAACUAAAAAUCACAUUUUAAUGGUUUGUAACGGCAUGGCGAAGAAAUCUCGAAGGUUUUCCCUUUAGAUGGUUAAAGAAGUAGAUAAAAGCAACAGAAGACUGUCAUGUGGCGUACUACGUGAUUAUUUUUUACUACAUAACUCUGUGCAAGGCUAUCAUAUUUUUUAUCAAUCUUUUAAAUCCAAUUUUUGAGCAACAUCCAAAUUUAGCAUUUUUACAACUAUAAUGAAUAAAACUAAAUCGAAAAAACGAAAGAUACAAAUAGGAGCUAUUAUUUGGAAUGCAUACAUACACGCAGCCACAAAAUUGAUCAUUUAAAAUUAUUAUUUCAAUUCGAUCUACAUCAAAUGCCAUAGAUCGCACCGAACCUACAGCAAGCACAAAAGACGGUAACAUAACUUUUAAAAUAUAAUUCACACUACAACCUGACGGCAGAAAAACAUUUUAAAUCUGGUAUUUGUUCUAACGUUAACAUAACAUGGCGACAAAACGAAAAACUCAAAGCCGUCCCUGAAUUUUAAAUAACUCAAAUUAUAGAUAUAGACAUCUUUUUAUCCCAUUUAGAUUGUUUCUUAUUUCAUUGAAAACAAUUGCCUUACGAUAAAUAUAUGCAACGUGUGAAAUUUAUUACAAUACAUCAGACAAAUCAACAGAACGUGCGUAAUUUUUGCACUGUACAUGUAUUUAGCAAUUUGCUCAUUGCAAUAAGCUCGAAAGCUUCGUGGACGGAUAAAUCUCGCCAUGUAGUACAAUAAGAAUUAUUACAAUAACAACAACAUACAGCAAUUCAGCUUCAGUGCAUCGUUAUAAAGACAUCUCGUACGAUCCGUUGGGAAUUUAUGGAUCGAAACGAUGUGUAACAUUCCGUACUUCUUAGUUUAAACCGGCUAAUGCAUCGUCUGAGCGGCAAAUAAAAGAAACUCCUCGCGAGAAAAAUCUCAACGACAUUAUCACCAGGCAGAGUAGUGUGAAAACAGAUAUGCACGUAUUUUUAGGCCCCUUUAGAUAGUAACUGCAGUCAAAGAUAUAGGAAUCGUAUUAAUAGCGAAAAUGAAAAGUUUUAACGUAGCAUAAUUUCGCCAAUACACUCAAAAACGUAAGCAAUAAUCGUAACUAAAAUAUUUGGCAAAAUUUUACAAAACCUACUUGCCUAUACCUGUUGAUUAAACCUAUCGGUAACCUUGCGAUAGUGUAGCUGAUUUGUGCAUAAACAGGGACAUACGCGGAAUCGAACGGAAGUAGAAAAGAAUUAAGAGUGAAUGCAACAACAGUUUGUGCAUACUCUAAUUGUGAUUACAUUGAUAAUAUUAAGGGAAAAACUAAUAAAGCUUAUCAAGAUUUUGAUUACAA